GCAAUAGUGAACCCAAUGGACAUCCAGACAUCCAGCGCUGUCUUCUGGACGUGUCUGAAGGCUGUUUCUAUCUGGCUGCUGUCCGUCCUGCUGGCUGUCCCUGAGGCCAUUUUCUCACAAGUUGUCUCCAUGCAGGGUAACAGGGACAACAGUAACGUCACCUUUGUGAAUUGCGUGCCGUACCCGCUGUCCAAUCAGAUGCAUCCUAAGAUUCACUCAGUGAUGAUCUUCCUGGUUUACUUCCUGAUCCCUCUGGCCAUCAUCUCGGUGUAUUACUACCACAUCGCCCGCACGCUCAUCAAGAGCGCCCACGACAUGCCAGGCGAAGUCAGCGAACACACCAAGAGACAGAUGGAGACGAGGAAGCGCCUGGCCAAGAUCGUCUUGGUGUUCGUGGGCCUGUUCGCCCUGUGCUGGUUCCCCAACCACGUCCUCUACAUGUACCGCUCCUUCCACUACCACCAGAUGGACCUGUCACUGGCUCACCUCGUCAUCACCCUGCUGGCCAGAGUCCUCAGCUUCUCCUCAUCCUGCGUCAACCCCUUCGCCCUCUACCUGCUCAGCGAGAGCUUCCGCAGGCACUUCAACAGUCAGCUGCGAUGUGGUCGAGGUCCCCGUCCCGAGCGCCAGGCCAGCUACAUGCAUAGCACCUCCCACAUCCGCCUCACCUCCAUCAAGAAGACCACGCCCACCGCCGCCAUCAUCGCUCCAGCAGCCAACGGCAACUCCAACAGACAAGAAGUGGCUCUGUGA